UAAAAGUAUUAAUUAUGUUGAGUAUGUUAUAAGGAGAUAUUGAGGUAUUUAGUAGUGGUUUGGGGGACAUAUGAACACACCUUACCUUUUUCACCUAGGAAUAAUGUGGUAUAAUUUGAGUCCUUCCUGCUUUUGGCAGCAGUCUCCAUGGCCUGCUAAUUUUAAUCAGUUUGUAUCAAAGCCCUUUUGACAUUUGACUGAACUUUGUAGCCCUUAUCUCCUAAGCUGGGUUGGAGCUUUUCCUAAAUAUUCCUAUAUUUAGGGUUGCCAGAUUUAGAAAAAAAAAUUGGGACAUACUUAUCCUAAACAACUAUUCAUUGGUUAUCUGAAAUUCAAAUUUAAUUGGGCAUCUUAUAUUUUACUUGGCAACCCUAUCUGUAAUUCUGUAUACAGUACUUCUAUAUACUUUUUUUGAAAUUUGGUCUAUAUCUUAUUUAUUUCAGAAUUUCUAGUGCCUAGAAAUAUCUGGGACAUAAAAGGGCUCAAAAAGUGUUUGUUCAAUGAAUGAAUGAAAAAAUGGAUAUAUGAAUUCUGUAUCCACACUUUUACAGUUUCUAAGUACACUGUAUUAUCUCUGACAUACUUUCUUCUUACACCUAUAUACUAGUCUAACGCUUUCAUUUUAACCUAUACUCUUAUUUUUUGUUUUGUUAUUAUUUCAGUGGCACAUCUCCUGUGGCACCUGCCAAAAAACCACAGAUUCCAAGAUCCCUGACCCAGAGAAGUGGGUCCUGGGAAUCAUACAGUAUCCUAGAGCAUUGCAUUCUAAACUUUUUUUUUCCAUAAGAGUCACCUGAGGCUCUGGGAGAAAAUAGUCUUCAGAGUCCUACCCUAGACCACUAAAUUCAUGAUUGCCAGGGAAGGAUCCUAGGAAGCUGCAUGUAGGAACAAGUCUUGGUGACUCCCAGGAAGCACUGCUCCAGAAAAGUGAUUCCUAGCUCUGGCCUAGCUGGGAAUCAGUCACCCAUGGAGGCAUCCAUCUGAUCCACACUCUGAUCACUCCUUUCUACUUUCUUCUUUGCUUUGUGCUUCUCUGUCACUCCCGACCCCAAAUAAGACGAGUGUCAGUGUCCUAAUUGCCUUCCUCCCUGGUAUGUUAGAUGGGAAAAGCAGAACUGGAACACUUUUAAACGUGUCAUUGAAUCCAUGAGAAAGAAGGGGCCAGUCCUUUGUUCCAGAAACAAAGCAGAAACUGAAAGCUGAAACUCUUGAACAGCUGCUAUUGGUGGGUGGUGGUGUGAGGGGAAAGAGCAGUACUCCAAAAUCUAGGGGCUUGGAUUUUAAUGGUCUUAGACAAACAGAGAACUUGGGCUGCUGUAGAUGGGAGUUGAGACUGAGAUCAACCCCAUUACCGCAAGCCAAGACUCUCAAAAAGAAUGGACUAGAAAAAUAAUCCAUGCCCCAUUAUAUGUAUCUAGCCAUUGGAUAGACGAAAAAAGUCUUUCCUAAUAAGUAAUAAUCAUAGGGUUAUGCCAAUCAUUAAAUAACAUAUAUUUUCUUAAAACACACAAGGAACAUUUAUACAAUAGAAACUGGCCAAAUACUAGGCAAUAAAACAAAUCCUGCCAUAUACCAAAGAAUCAAUGGCAUACAGACUAAGUUUUCUGACCAAAAUACAAGUCAACAAAAUUAGAAAUCUAUAAUAAAAACAUAGGAAAAAAAGAAUCCAUUUGGAAAUUUUAAGGCACACUUAUGUAUAAUUCAUGGGACAAAGAAGAAAUCAUAAGAAAAACUAUAAAGCAUUUAGAAUCAGUCAACAGUAAAACACCAAAUAUCAAACUUGUGGAAUAGAGCUAAAGUAAUACUUAGAGAUGCAUUUAUGCUCUGAAGUGCAGUCAUUAGCAAUCAAAAAGGAUUUAUUUAUUUUUUAAAUUUUUAAAAAGAUUUUAUUUAUUUCUUUGACAGAGGGAGACACAGUGAGAGAGGGAACACAAGCAGGGGGAGUGGGAGAGGGAGAAGCAGGCUUCCCGCUGAGCAGGGAGCCCGAUGCGGGGCUCGAUCCCAGGACCCUGGGAUCAUGACCCGAGCCGAAGGCAGAUGCUUAACGACUGAGCCACCCAGGCGCCCCUUAAAAAGGAUUUAAAACAGAACCUCUGGGAGCACUUGAGUUGCUCAGUCGGUUAAGCGUCCGACUCUUGAUCUCAGCUUAGGUCUUGAUCUCAGGGGUCGUGAGUUCAAGCCCCAUGUUGAGCUCUAUGCUGGGUGUGGAGCCUACUUAAAAAAUAAUAAUAAUAAAACAGAAGUUCUGGAGUAUAUAUAUGUUCCCCUAUUCUUUUUCACUAAAUACAACUGCAGACCUCAGACUUUAUAUGUAAAACAAACAUAAGGGACUCUGAAAGGUGGAGAGAAGAAGGAAACAUGAGACAUGAGGAAUGACAUAGUGGUGAGUUGCUUGGGUUUUCUUUUUGUCUUGUAUAUCCCAGACUUGAUGCUGAAGAAGCCAGCAACCUGGAAACAUGAAUGAGUGCAGACCAAAACCAAAACCAAACCAAAACAAAACAAAAAACUUAAGGAAAUCUGCUCUAACCAAAGACCAGGAAAAGGGCAGUCUAGCAAGACCGGAAACUUAGUAACUGCUCUGUUCUAACCAAACACCACAACCAAAAAAAUGUGGCACCACUCACACCCAGGCUGAAUGGAGGACUUAGAUUUAUACUAUUGUAAAACAAAUUAGGUGCCCCAGCUGAAAUUAGGUGCCCCAGAAUUAGGUUCAAGAAUACCAAAUAGGAAGCCAGGGCUUCUGUGCUGUCUGGUCAUGAGGCCUCUCUCUCACCAUCUGGUUUUAAUGGAGACCACAUAGAGAGCCUGGAUUUCUGCCCCAAUCUGGCAGUAACAAGAUGCCAUUCUACUAUCCAUUGGGGUGGUGUCAGAGGAGGCCUAAAGUAGGGUUGAGACUUACUGUCACCUAGUGGUAAUGAGCCUACACCCACUGUGGUAUCAGUGGAAAAGAAGUAAGGAACCAGAACUCUCACCCCUCGUCAGCAGUAAUAAGGAACUGUCCCCCUCAGGUAUCAGUAGAGGCUGAGUGGAGUUAAGAAUGGGGGACAAUGGGGCAGUGCCCCUCCCCUUCCUCUGUUGGAGCAGGGUAAAAAAAAAAAAAAUCAGCUAAAACAGAUGGUUUAAGGUCUAGAGUUUCAUAACAUACAAAAAGUCCAAGAUUACAUGAAAAUGACUCAUCAUACCAAAGAACCUGAAGAUCUCAAACUGAAUUUUAUUUUUUUGACUGUAUUAGCAUUUUAUUUUUUUUAAUUUUUAAAAUUAUGUUGUUAGCCAACAUAUAGCACAUCAUUAGUUUUUGAUGUAGUAUUCAAUGAUUCAUUGCAAACUGAAUUUUAAAAGACAAUCAGUAGAUGUUAACACCAAGAUCACAUAUAUAUUAGAAUUCUUAGACAAAAAUUUUUAAGAGCCAUGGUAAUGGAUCAGUAAGCAAUUGCAAACAUGCUGGAAAAAAUGACAAAAAUAGACUCAGCAGAGAAAUAGGUCUUAGAAAUAGAAGAUAUAAAGAAGAACCUAAUGGAAAUUUUAGAUUAAAAAAUACAAUAACUUAUGAAAAGCUCAGCAAAUGGGCUCAACAGCAGAAUGGAGGAGACAGAGGAAAGAAUCAGUGAAUUGGAAGACAGAACAACAGAAAUACCCAAUCUGAAUAAUAUAAAGGAAAUAGACUGAAAAAAAAAAUGUGAACAGAGUCUGAGAGGCCUGUGGGACUAUGACAAAAGAUCUAAUAGUGUCAUCAGAGUCUCAGAAGGAGAGGAGAAAAGGGUGGGACUGAAAAAAUAUUUGAAGAAGUAAAGCCUGAAAACUCCCCAAAUUUGGCAAGAGACACACACCUAGUGGUUCAAGAAGAUAAUCAGACUCCCAGUAGGGUAAACCCAAAGAAAUCCAUAUUAAGAGACAUCAUAAUUAAACUUCUGAAAACUGAAAACAACAAAAUCUGAAAGCAAAGGAAAACAAUUAGAAUGACAUCAGGUUGUCAACAGAAACCAUGGAGGCCCAAAGGGAAUGUCAUAAUAUUUUCAAAGUGAUAAAAGAACUAUCACCCAGAAUCCCAUACCCAGAGAAAAGAUGUGAAGGGGAAAUCAAGACAUUCUCAGAUUAAAGAAAACAAAGUCACCAGCAGACCUAUCCUGAAAGAAUGGCUGAAGGAAUUCCUCUAAACAGAACAGAAAUGAUAAAAGAAAGAACCUAGGAACACCAGGGAGGAAGAAAGAAUGUGGUAAGCAAAAAUUCGGAUAAAGUAAGCUUUCCUUCUCUUUGAGUUUUCUAAAUUGUGUUUGGCACUUAAAACAAGGUCUAACACUGUCUGAUGUAGUUCUAAAGGUAUACUGAGAAAAUAUUUUAAGCAAUUGUAAACAGGAAAGGCAAAGGGACAUAAAGGGAGGUAACGUUUCUGUACUUCAACCACUGAAAUGAUGAUACCUGUAAUAGACUGUAAUAAGUAAUAUAUAUAUAAUGCAGUACUCAGAGCAAUAACUAAAAAACCUAUACAAAUAGGUACUCUUAAAAGUAUUAUAGGUAAAUUAAAAUGGAAUUUUAAAGAAUGUUCAUGCAAUCCACAGGAAAGCAAAAAAAGAAAACAAAUGAAAAAGAGAGGAGAAACAACCCCCAGCAGACUUAAGCCCUAAUAUGUUAAUAAUUACAUUAAAUAUAUCAAGAGACAGAGAUGGCAGACCUAACUAUAUGCUGCCUACAAGAAACUCAAAAUAUAACCAUAUAGUCAGGUAAAAUGUAAAAGUAUAGAGAAAGAUAUAUAUGCACACAUUCAUCAAAAAGUAGAAGUGACUGUAUUAGCAUCAGAAAAAGUAGGCAAAGAAAAUAACCAGAGACAGAGAAGUUCAUUAUGUAAUGAUAAAAGAGUCAACCCACCAAGAAUACAUAGUAAUACUAAAUAUACAUACACCAAACAACAGCUGCAAAAUAUAUGAAGCAAAAACUGAUUAAACUGAAGGGGCGAAUAGACAAAUCCACAAUUAUAGUUGGGGACAUAAACACCCCCCUCUCAAUUUGUAGAAUAACUAGAUAGAAAAUCAACAGGGGUAUAGGAAAACUCAACAGUACCCAUCAGCCUACAGUAUCUAAUAAAUAUUUUUUGAACACCCAACAAUAGCAGAACAUGCAUUACUUUCAAAAGCCCACAGACCACAUACCAAAACCAUAUUCUGGGUCAUAAACAACCUCAAUACAUUUAAGUGAAUUAAAAUAAUGUGUUCUUUGACAACAGUAUCAAGCUAGAAAUCUAUAAUAAAGAACAGGAGAUUCUGAACGCUUGAAAACAAAAAGACACACUUCCAAAUAAUCCAUGCAUCAAAGAGGAAGUCUCAAGGGAAGUAAAAAAAUACAGUGAACUGAAUGGAAAUAAGAAUACAAGGUAACAAAGUUUGUGGGACAUAGCUAAAGAACUGAGAAGAUUUAUCACACUAAAUGCAUACAUUAAAAUAGAGGAAAAGUCUCAAAUCAGUAAUAUAAGCUGUCACCUCAAGGAUUUAGAAAAAGAAGAGCAAAGUCAAACAGAAGGAAGAAAAUAAUAAAGAUAAAAGUAGAAAAUAAUAUAAUGAAAAACAGUAGGGAAAAAUCAAUGAAACGAGUAACAUAGCUGGUAAUUUAAAAACAUCAAAACUGACAAACCUCUAGGAAGACUGGCCAAAAGUGGGGAGUGGGAGGAGAGAAAAGACACCACAAAUGAUCUAUUAUUGUCUAUUCAUAUAUAAUGAAUAAUCUAUUCAUUAGAAAUGAAAUGGGAUAAUGUCACAGAUAGUAGUCCUUAAAAGAAUAAUAAAGAGAUGAACAACUCUACAUACAUAAAUUUGACAAGAAAAUGGAUCAGUAUUUUGAAAAACACAAAUCACGACUCAUCCUAUAUGAAUAAAGUUGCCCUGUAACUGUCAAGGAAAUUGAAUUCAUAAUUUGAAAUCUCCAGGACCAAAGAGUCUUACUGAAGAAUUCUACCAGAAGUUAAAAAUAAUAACUAACACUAAUUCUACACAAUCUUCCAGCAAAUAGAAGAGGAGGAAACACUUCAAUUCAUUUUAUGAUGCUAGUGUUACACUGAUACCAAAAUAAGACAAAGACAGUACACAAAUGGAAAACUUGAGGCCAGUAUCUGUCAUGAAUAUAGACACAAAAAUACUAAAAAAAUACUAAAAAAUAGAAUUCAAUAAAUAAAAAGAAUCAUACAUUAUUAUGAAGUGGGAUUGAUUCCAGGGAUCCAAGUUUGGUUCAGUAUUUGAAAAUUAAUCAAUGUAUUCUACUACGUUCAUGGUCUAAAGAAGAGAAAGUAUAUGGUCAUAUUGGUCAAAACAACAAAAGUAUUUGACAAAAUUUAACACCAAUUCAUGAUAGAAACUCUCAGAAAAAUGCAAGUAGAGGGAACUUCUUCAACCUGACAAAGGCUAACAUUAUACUUAAUGGCAAAAGAUGGAAUGCUUUCCCCCUAAGGUUGAGAACAAAUCAAGGUCUGCUCUCACCACUCUUAUUUUAAUUUAAUUUAAUUUAAUUAUGUUAUGUUAGUCACCAUACAUCAUUAGUUUUUGAUGUAGCGAUCCACGAUUCGUUGUUUUCGUAUAACACCCAGUGCAUCAUGCAGUACGUGCCCUCCUUAAUACCUGUUACUGGGCUAACCCAUCCCCCAACCCCUUUCCCCUCUAAAACCCUCAGUUUGUUUCUCAGAGUCCAUAGUCUCUCAUGGUUCAUCUCUCCCUCUGAUUUCCCCACCUUCAUUUUUCCCUUCCUUCUCCUAAUGUCCUCCAUGCUAUUCCUUAUGUUCCACAAAUAAGUGAAACCAUAUGAUAAUUGACUUUCUCUAUUUAUUUCACUUAGGAUAAUCUCCUCCAGUCCCAUCCAUGUUGAUGUAAAAGUUGGGUAUUCAUCCUUUCUGAUUGCUCUCACCACUCUUAUAAACAUAGAGAUGGAAGCACUAGACAGUGCAAUAAAGUAAGAAAAGGAAAUAGAAGGCAUAUAUAUAUGAAAGGAAGAAAUAAAUCUGUCCCUAUUUGCAGAUGACAUGAUUGUCUAUGUAGAAAAUAUCAAGGAAUAUGCAAAACUUCCAGAAAGAAAAAGUGAGAUCAUAGGAUGCAAGUAACUAUGACUGAAGUUUUACCAAAGGAAAAGAAACAGAAAGAUGAGAAGACUUCAAUUCUUGGUCAAGCUGUGGUGGACCUUCUUCCUUUACUGGAAGGAGAGAGUUCAUUUGAAACGAUGGUCCCCUUGCACCCUGUGCCAGGCUCUCCUUUAGAACUUGUUCGGUCAAGUGUAAAGCAGUGCAGUCUUGAAGUUAAAGUAUUUGUGGCAGAACCCUUAUUGACCACAGCACAGAUCUUAGGAGGCAAUCUACUGAAAGUCACCUUGGAGGCUGCCUACUCUGUGCCUGAAUCUUUCAUUCCAGUAGGGCCUAUGCAGAACUACAUGGUUGGUAUGCAAGUUCCAUCAGUUGGAGAGAAAGACUCUCCCAUUUUGUUCAAGAAUGGAACUCUAAAGCUUGGAGGGGAAAGAGAACCUGUUCCCAGGCCCAAAAAAUGGCCAAUUGCCAACAUUCUGGCUCCAGGAGCUAAUAACAUUCCUGAUGCUUUCAUCAUUGGUGGGCCCUAUGAGGAAGAAGAAGGAGAACUCAACCGCCCAGAGGACAGGGAAUUUAGGAACCAAGCAGAGUGCAUAAAGAAAAGGAUUAUUUGGGACUUGGAAAGUCGCUGCUACCUUGAUCCUCCUGCAGUGGUCAGUUUUCAGAAGCGAAUUGCUGAUUGUCGAUUUUGGCCUGUAGAGAUCACAAGAGUUCCUCUGACUACUGCACCCAAAGGGAAAGCUGCAAAAUUUGAUAAGGCUGAUGAUGAAAGUCAGCUUUCAUUUCAUGGUGUGGCUUAUGUUAAUAUGGUCCCAUUGCUGUAUCCAGGUGUGAAGAGAAUUCGGGGAGCUUUUCAUGUUUACCCUUACCUAGACAGUACAGUCUAUGAAAAGACCAAAUGUUUAUUUAGCUUGUUCCGGGACACUGGCCAUCAUUUGAUUCAGAAUAAUAAAAUAGGAGGAAUUAAUUCUCCAUUGUCUAAACCUGUUGUUUCUAAGAACCUGAAGGAAGAGAAAACAGUCAAAGAAAAGGAUAUGGAAGGAAGGCUUAGGCCUGGGGAUUUGCAAGCACCUAGUAUAAAAUCUCAGAGCUCAGAUACUCCUUUGGAAGUUGAACCCUCUCUAAGCCACAAUCCAGAAGGACAGCAAUAUGUAGAAGCAGGGACAUACAUUGUGUUGGAGAUUCAGCUGGACAGAGCCUUGGUUCCAAAGCGAAUGCCAGAGGAGCUAGCCAGAAGGGUCAAGGAAAUGAUUCCUCCAAGGCCGCCUCUUACCCGUCGGACAGGAGGAGCUCAGAAGGCGGUGAGUGACUACCACAUGCAGAUCAAGAAUAUAUCUAGAGCUAUUCUGGAUGAGUAUCAUAGGAUGUUUGGAAAACAGGUGGCCAAACUGGGGAGUGAUAUGGAUAGUGAAACCAUGGAGGAGCAGAAGUGCCUGCUCAACUAUGAACUUAACUGCUCUGGAAAAUACUUUGCUUUCAAAGAACAACUCAAGCAUGCCGUAGUAAAGAUUGUGAGAGAGAAGUAUUUGAAGACAACAUCAUUUGAAAGCCAGGAGGAACUGCAGACAUUUAUUAGUGAGCUCUAUGUGUUCUUGGUGGAUCAGAUGCAUGUGGCCUUAAACCAGACCAUGCCAGAUGAUACCCAGGGCGCUGUUUCAACCAUUUAUACAAGCAGUGAACAACUUCGACUCUUUGCAUUUGAAGCAGAAGUCAAUGAGAACUUUGAAAUGGCAGCAGUGUAUUAUGAAGAGAGGUUGGUCCGUGAGCCCCAGAACCUGGAACACUGGCUGGACUAUGGUGCCUUCUGCCUGCUAACUGAGGACAACAUCAAAGCACAGGAGUGUUUUCGGAAAGCCCUUUCCCUCAACCAGAAUCAUAUCCAAAGCUUGUUGCUGUGUGGUGUCCUGGCUGUCCUGAUGGAGAACUAUGAGCAGGCAGAAAUUUUCUUUGAGGAUGCUACUUGCUUGGAACCAACUAAUGUUGUAGCCUGGACUUUACUUGGUUUGUACUAUGAAAUUCAAAACAAUGAUAUUCGAAUGGAAAUGGCAUUUCAUGAAGCCUUCAAACAACUUCAGGCACGAAUGCUUCAGGCACAAGUAAUGAAGCAGAGGAUCACUGGUAUUGUUGAGUACGUUGAAGAAGGAGGCAAAGCAGAAGAAUCCAGUUUAGGCCCUUGGGGAAUCACUAAUGGUUCUUCUGCAACAGCAAUGAAGGUGGAAGCCCCAGCAGGACCAGGAGCUCCAUCAUCCAUUCUAGAUGACUUUCUUGAAGAAUCUUCCAAACUGCAGUCUGACUCACGAGAACACAUUUUACCCACACAAUCUCAGGAUCGAACUGUCACCCAAAAACCAUCCAACAUACUUAUAAAGGAGAUACCAGUGAAAAAAGAAACAUCAAAAUGUCAAGAUUCAUCAACCUUUUUGCAUCCUAGCCCUCAUGGUGUUUCCCAAACUCCUGCCACCAUCUUCAUGGAGACCAUACGUUUCUUGAUGAAAGUCAAUGCUGUUCAGUAUGUGCACAGAGUGCUUGCACAUGAGCUGUUAUGCCCUCAAGGAGGCCCCAGCUGUGAGUAUUACUUGGUGCUGGCCCAGACACACCUUCUCAAGAAGGACUUUGCCAAGGCAGAGGAAUACCUUCAACAUGCAGCCCAGAUGGACUAUCUGAACCCUAAUGUCUGGGGCGUGAAGGGCCAUCUCUAUUUUCUAAGUGGAAAUCAUGCUGAGGCCAAGGCAUGCUAUGAGCGAACCAUUAGUUUUGUAGUGGAUGCUUCUGAGAUGCACUUCAUCUUCCUGCGACUGGGGCACAUCUAUCUGGAAGAGAAAGAGUAUGAAAAGGCAAAGAAAACCUACCUGCAAGCCUGUAAGAGAUCGCCUACAUGCCUUACCUGGCUAGGACUGGGAAUAUCCUGUUAUCGGCUGGAGGAGCUCACAGAGGCUGAGGAUGCUCUCUCUGAAGCCAAUGCAUUGAACAACUACAAUGCUGAAGUAUGGGCAUAUCUGGCUCUGGUCAGCCUGAAAGCUGGACGGCAACUGGAAGCGGAGCAGGCCUAUAAGUACACAAUGAAGGUACGAUGCAGAGGCCUCUGCUGUUUGUACUGUACUGAGGUUGGGAAACUGGGAAGAAGAUGCUGGCUGAAUUCAGGACUUUACAGCAUUCCAUCAUUUCAUGAUGUGAAUAUUUUUCUAAAGGUUUUUCUUAUCAUCUUUGCCAUUAUCAUAGGGCUGCUGGGUUUGGAAUAACCCACAUAUUACUAUGGGGGAUUUUUUUCUACCUCUUUUUUUUUUUAAGAUUUUAUUUAUUUGAGAGAGAGAGAGCACAAGCUGGGGGUGGAGGGCAGAGGGAAGUGGAGAAGCAGGCUCCCUGCUGAGCAGGAAGCCCCAUGUAGGGCUCAAUCCCAGGACCCCGGGAUCAUGCCUGGAGCCAAAGGCAGACACCCAACCAACCAAGCCACCCAGGCGCACCAACCCCCCUUUUUAAGAUUUUAUUUAUUUAUUUGAGAGAGAGAGCAGAGGUAGAGAGAGAACACGAGUGUGUGUUGGGGGGCGGGGGGUUUCCUACCUCUUUAGAGAUUUUGGUUUAAUGGUAAGACAGAUGGCCAGGGAGUCAGUAGACCUGAAUUAUGGUCCUAGUUUUGCCACUAACUCUACUGUGUUAACUUCUUUGAGCCUCAUUUUCCUCACUUGUAGACUGAAGGUAUAGGUCAACAAACUUUGUGUAAAGGGCAAAAUAAUAUUUUAGGCUUUGUGGGCCAAACUGUCUCUGUCUAUUACCCUCUGCCCUUGUAGUGCAAAAGGAGCCAUAGACAAUACAUAAACAAAUGAGCAUGGUUGUGUUUCAAAUAAAACUUUACUUAACAAAAACAGCAAGCUAGAUUUGGCUCAUGAACAGUAAUCUGCCAACCCCUGGUCUAUUCUACUAUGAAUUACAGUUCUUAAUUUGUGGCUUAAACAAAUUAGUUUUAUUUUUCUCAUCUAAUGAAAAGCCCAAGGCUGGUACUAGAGCUCCACCAUGUCACCAGAGACCCAAACUCUAUCUUUCUGUUCCACCAAUCAUAGCAUGCAGUUCCCAUCCUUCAUAGUUGCAAGACAGGCAUGGUAGCUCAAACCACCAUAUACAUGUUUCAGGCACAAUAAAGAACAAAAGGGAGGAAAGAACAAAGAGGACAUGCUAGCUAUUUCACCUCCCUUUAAGAAGCAAUGACUUUAUAGGGAUAAAAGAUAUAGCAUAGGGAAUAUGGCCAAUGGUAUUGUAAUAGUGUUGUGUAGUGACAGAUGGUAGCUAUACUUGUGAGCACAGCGUAAUGUACAGACUUAAGAUCACUACGUUGUACACCUGAAACAUGGUGUGUCUACUCAUGAAAAAUAAAGAUGUUUAAUUCACAUGUA